CCCGGCGCGGCUUCCGUCCUGGUUAAGAUGGCGGCGCCCGGGGUCCUGUGGAGCGGCAGCAGAGGGUGCCGCCGCCCUAGGCGAGGUCGGGCCGCCCAGCGCGGAAGAACCGCCUCCAGCAGCAGCAUCACCACCGCUUAGCAAAGAAUUUCAGGCCCCGCCCGGGACGGCAGCCGCACCAUGGAUUCUUCCAGUUCAUCUAACUCUUUCUCCGUCGGCUCCGCCAGUCCCGGCGCUGUCGUGCUCCUCUACUCGGCUGUCCUUAUUUCAGCCACACUGCACAUUGUGCAAUACUACAUCUAAUGUGAGAGUGGUGCUCAGAGAUAUUUAAGAUACUCUUGACUGCAGCAAACAUUGCAGCACUCGUACCUACAGCAUCCUACUCAUUCUCAACUUCCAAGAUGUGAAAGUGAAAGCUCCACCCCUUGUGUCUGUGGACUUGAAAGAAAGUCAUGGCAAUGAACAAUUACAGUUGAGAUAAGGCCAAUGACUGAAUCAUGCACAGUAUGUUGUGGGAGGAAUAAGAAGGAGCACCUGACCUUCAGAGAAGGCUUUUAAGAGAAGGUGACACCUGAGCUGAGUUUUUGAGUUGUGACUCGAAGAUGAGAGAGGAGAGGAAGACUGGCCUAGGCAUCCAUAAGGAGCUCAAAAAAUGGGAUGAAUUUGAAGAUAUUUUAGAGGAGAGGAAGCAUGUCAGUGACUUGAAAUUUGCAAUGAAAUGCUACACACCUCUUGUCUAUAAGGGAAUUACUCCUUGCAAGCCAAGUGAUAUUAAAUCUAGUGUUCUCAAUUCUGAAGAAGUUCAUUAUGUCAUUAAACAGCUUUCCAAGGAAUCCCUUCAAUCCGUCGAUGUCCUCCAAGAGGAAGUUUGUGAGAUUUUAGAUGAAAUGAGCCACAAACUGCGUCUGGGAGCCAUCCGGUUUUUUGCCUUUGCCCUGAGCAAAAUAUUUAAACAAAUUUUCUCCAAAGUGUGUGUAAAUGAAGAAGGUAUUCAGAAACUACAACGAGCCAUCCAGGAGCACCCAGUUGUCCUGCUGCCCAGUCAUCGAAGUUACAUUGACUUUCUGAUGUUGUCUUUUCUUUUAUACAACUAUGAUUUACCGGUACCAGUCAUAGCUGCAGGAAUGGACUUCCUGGGAAUGAAGAUGGUCGGGGAGCUGCUGCGGAUGUCGGGCGCCUUCUUCAUGCGGCGUACCUUCGGUGGCAACAAACUCUACUGGGCGGUGUUCUCUGAAUACGUGAAAACCAUGUUGCGGAAUGGUUAUGCUCCUGUUGAAUUUUUCCUCGAAGGGACAAGAAGUCGCUCUGCCAAGACAUUGACUCCGAAAUUUGGUCUUCUGAAUAUUGUGAUGGAACCAUUUUUUAAAAGAGAAGUUUUUGAUACCUACCUUGUUCCAAUUAGCAUCAGUUACGAUAAGAUAUUGGAAGAAACGCUUUACGUGUAUGAGCUUCUAGGGGUUCCUAAGCCGAAAGAGUCUACAACUGGAUUGUUGAAAGCCAGGAAGGUUCUCUCUGAAAAUUUUGGAACUAUCCAUGUAUACUUUGGAGACCCUGUGUCACUUCGAUCCCUGGCGGCUGGGAGGAUGAGUCGGAGUCCGUAUAACUUGGUUCCAAGGUAUAUUCCUCAGAAACAGUCAGAGGACAUGCAUGCCUUUGUCACUGAAGUUGCCUACAAAAUGCAGCUUCUGCAGAUUCAAAACCUGGUUCUGAGCCCCUGGGCCCUAACGGUUGCUGUUCUGCUUCAGAACCGGCCAUCCAUGGACUUCGAUGCUCUGGUGGAGAAGACUUUAUGGCUCAAAGGCUUAACCCAGGCCUUCGGGGGCUUUCUCACUUGGCCCGAUAAUGAACCUGCUGAAGAAGUUAUCCAGUCCAACAUUCUCCUGCAUUCCAACAUCGCCAGCCUCGUCAAAGACCAGGUGGUUCUAAAUAUGGACUCCGGAGACUCUGAAGUGGUCAAUGGACUUAUUUUCCAGCAUAUCACCCUCCUCAUGUGCUCGGCUUAUAAGAACCAGUUGCUCAACAUUUUCGUCCGCCCUUCCUUGGUAGCUAUGGCACUACAGAUGACCCCUGGGUUCCGGAAAGAGGAUGUCUACAGUUGCUUUCACUUCCUGCUCAGUGUUUUUUCAGAUGAGUUCAUCUUCCUUCCGGGAAACGCACUAAAGGACUUUGAAGAAGGCUGUUACCUGCUUUGUAAAAAUGAGACAAUACAAGUGACGACAAGGGAUAUCCUAGUUACGGAGAAAGGAAAUACCGUGGUAGAAUUUUUAAUAGGUCUCUUUAAACCUUUUGUGGAAUGUUAUCAGAUAAUUUGCAAAUACCUCUUGAAUGAAGAAGAAGACUACUUCACUGAGAAACAGUACUUGGCUGGAGUUCGAAAAUUCACCAGUCAGCUUCUUGAUCAAGGUACCUCGCAGUGUUACGAUGUCUUGUCUUGCGACAUACAGAAAAAUGCCUUAGCAGCUUUUGUGAGGCUAGGUGUGGUAGAGAAGAAGAAAGUAAAUAGUGACAGUGCAUUUAAUGUGAACGAACCUGCCAUGACAAAAUUAGAAGAAAUGCUUGGUUGUAAGACACCAGUAGGAAAGCCAGCGACUGCAAAACUUUAAUAUUGCCGAACAGUUACAGGAAAUUUGGUCACAUAAUUGCUGUCAUCCAAGAACUCUUACUCCAACAAACAGGGCCAUGAAGGAAGAGAGCCACCUGCUCGUGCUUCGUACGACAGGAGAGCCGUGGGCUCGGCAGAGAGGAGGAGGUGACCAGUGUACGUAGUCAGUGUAACCCUCUCCACCACAACAGUUACAAAGGCUUUCGUGUCCAACUGUGUGUGUGUUAAAAUAAAACGGUCUUUUGGAAACAUGUUUGGAAAAACAAA